GAGGUCACUUUACAGGGACGCGCGUCUCUAGGGUGCAGACCAGGCGCGCGCCAGCUGGAGCGGACAACCAACAAACGCCUAAAGCUGGGGGCAAAUGACUCCCCUCUGCCCUCGCCCUGCGAUCUGCUACAAUUUCCUGUCUUUGCUCCGCUCAGCGUGUAAAGACGCGCGCAGCGCAAGGACAAACGUCGAGAUGGCGGGACUCUUCCCGCCAGGCCCGCCCCUCGUCCCCACCCCGCCGGGAGCAGCGCAGCUGGGGACGGUCCCGCCGCUGGCCAGCGCUCGCAGCCUAACCCAACGAAGUCGCGGCGCUAAGGCCCCUGUCAUCUCCCCCAGCAAGCGGCCACGCCCUGCGGAGGAGGGCGGCACACGGCUCCGCUUUGUCCGGCUCUCAGAGCACGCCACUGCCCCAUCCAAGGGGUCUGCGCGGGCCGCAGGCUAUGACCUGUACAGUGCCUAUGAUUACACAGUACCACCAAUGGAGAAAAUCCUUGUGAAAACCGACAUUCAAAUAGCUCUUCCUUCUGGGUGCUAUGGAAGAGUAGCUCCGCGUUCUGGAUUGGCUGCAAAACACUUCAUAGAUGUAGGAGCUGGUGUCAUAGAUGAAGAUUACAGAGGAAAUAUUGGUGUUGUACUGUUUAAUUUUGGCAAAGAAAAGUUUGAAGUCAAAAAGGGUGACCGAAUUGCACAGCUCAUUUGUGAACGGAUUUUUUAUCCUGAAAUAGAGGAAGUUCAAGUUUUAGAUGACACUAAAAGGGGUUCAGGAGGUUUUGGUUCCACUGGAAAGAAUUAAAAUGUAUGCAAGAAUAGAAAAUGAGAAAACAUGCCUUUUUCAUAAAAAUAAAGAAUUUUUGUUUAGUGUU